AUGUAUUUAUUUAUGCAUUUAUGUAUGUGCUUUUGUAUGAUUUCUUCAAGUUAAAAGAAAGAAAAAUUGAAUAAGGGGAAAAAUAAACAAAUUAAGUUAAAUAAAAAGAAAGAAAAACAAAAUAAAAAGAUUGAAAUAAUAAAAAAAGAAAAGGAAAGAAGAUCGAAUCCGCAAAUGAUUUCAAAAACCUAGGCCUUCGCAAGAUUAUUCCAAUUGAGUUCAAAAUCAUUCUCUACUGUCAAGGGUGGAAAUUUAUACACUUGGGGCUAAUACGCCAGUGGUACCGGUUUCGAGACCGCCUCUGCUGUCCCCAGAAAGGUUGAUUACUUCUCAGGCAAUGUCUCCAAGGUUGCUAUGGGUCCUUAUCACACUGCCGUUAUUACCAACGACGGUUCUUUAUACACUUUUGGUUGGGGUUAAAACGGUGCUCUCGGUAAUGGUGCUAAGGAAUUCUAAUUAUCUCCCAGCCCUGUCAGCUUCUUCAACGAUAAGAAACUCAAGGUUAAGGACGUCGUAGUUGGUGAAAGCUACACUAUUGCCGUCACUGAAAAUGGUGAAGUUUACUCCUGGGGUUAUGGUGGUGAACCUUCCAGCAAGAUCAACCUUGACUUCUUCAGAAACGCUAUUUUACCUCAAAGAUGUGGUGCUUUGGGAUCUGGAGAUAACAAGAAUAGAUUAACUCCCUAAUAAAUUGCUAACUUGAAGGCAGACGGAUACAAGAAUAUUUCUGGUGGUGACAACUUUGCUACUUUGGUCAAUUAAUCUGGUGAAGUUAUUAACUGGGGUACUGGUCUUUUCGGUUCUUUGGGUAACGGAAGCGACUAUCCUUUAUUCACUCCUGAAGUUAACGCUUACUUCAAGCACUUGAAGGAACACGAAGGACUCACUGUUUAAUCCAUUAAAUCUGCUGGUCACUUCUCUGCUGCCUUAUUAUCUAACGGUAAAUUAUACACUUUCGGUGUUAACACUCAAGGCUAAUUAGGUAUCCGUGAAAACCUUGGUCACAACACUGACUAAAAUGCUCGUCUCCCUACCCCUGUUGUUGACAGACACUUUGUUGGUCAAAAGGUUGUUGACUUCGAAGUUGGUGAGAACACCCUCGUCUUCCUUACUGAUAAAAACGAAGUCUUCUUCAGUGGUUUGGAAUUAGCUUAUUAACCCAUCAGAUGGGAAAUCCCUACUGACAAGAAGAUUGUCAAGCUUGCUGCCUCUAAGGACACUUUUGCUGCCGUCACUGGUAAUUAAUUAAUUAAUUUUUUGUUUAAAUUAAAAUUUUAUUUAAAAAAAUAGAAACUGGUAAAAUUUAUUAAUUCAACGAAUUCGUUGGUGUCUCCACUAAUGAAGUUGGUAACGAUUACAAUGUUGCUGAUAGCAAGGCUUUCGAAGGCAAGGUUGUUGAUCUUGGUGGUUCUUAUGGUAUUAGAUUUGCUAUUGUCAACUGAAAAACCUAAUGAAGAAUUUGAUUAUUUCACCAACUCCAAUUAGCUAAUAUUGAAGUUGGUUUCUAAGAAGCAACAAACAAACAAAUUUCACUAAAACAUAAAUUAUUAAAUCGCUAUUUCGAAUAUUUUUUCUCAUUUCAAUCUAUGUUUAUUAAGAAAAAAUGAUCAAUUAAAUUAUUCAAAAUAGCAUUUUCAUAUUUGUUUUUGUAUCUUUAUUACAAAUUUAAAAGGAAACUUAAUAAAAACUCUCUCACUUCUAUAUUACUUACUAAACAUUUUAUUUAUUGAAAAUUAAUUUGAAACGAAUAAAAUAUAUCAAAUUGCUAAUAUUUAACAGACUAAAAAAUGCAUUCACAAGAUUAUUUAGUUUCAAAGCAAAUAGUUAAAAAAAACCUAAAAAAUUAUCAAAUAAAAUUUAUUUUACAAAGAUAAAAAAUUAGUUUGCUUAAUUUUUUAAACUCAUUUACAACUUUUCUGUUUUUUUUAGAUAAAAUCAAUUCUUUAAAUCUGCUUUAAUACUAAUCAAUUAAUACAAACUUACAUACUGUAAAAUAAAAAAUAUUUAAUUAUUAUUUGUUAUACUUUUAUAUCUCAAAAAUACAAUCAAAUUUUUUGA